AUGUCGUUCAGGAACUACAAGCGAAACAGUGAACGAUACGAGUUGCACACCAAUGAGAGAAAUUAUGGGAGUAUUGAAGAGCCGGACAGACAAGGCAUCCUUCAGGAGGACGAGGACUCUGACUCAGGCCGCUUCCAAAUGACAGAGGUGACGUCAUCGGCCGCCCAGCUGUUCGGGGGCGGAAGCGGAAGUGGCGGAAGCGGAAUUGGCGGGGGCGGCAACCGAGACACAUCCACCUACUUCCGCGACGGGCGGCGCAAGAUCGACUUCGUGCUGGUCUAUGAGGAGUCGCUGACGGGGGCGGCGCGAUCUGUGGCCGCUGCUGCCGCCUCCCGGAGGCCGUCGGUGCUGACGGGGCCGCCCCUUGCCGCCCCCGUGCUCAGCGACAAGAAGCUCGCCAAGCAGGAGGCCUGGAGGCAGCGGUUUAUGGCCAACCUCAGGAAGGCCGGGCUUGAUAUGGAAGAGAUGGACUAA